ACCCGAUACACUAGGGAGAGAAGGAUAGAGUGGAGUAGAAGAGAAAGCAGAGAAGGCCAGCAAGUAGUGGCACCGUGUCUGCUGCCGGAUCAUUAGAGCCAGUGGCCGCCUCACUUACACAUCUCCCACUUACCCAAGGGCUGCUCCACCUGCCCUAAGUUGCCAUCAGCUCUCUGUCCCCUGCUGUCUGCGACCCUCCGGCUGCUCGGUGCCCGGCCGCGUGGUGAAGAACAACUCUGCGCUCAGGAUCCCCCACAAACACACAAACUGAGGGGAGUCUGAUUGUGCUGUAGUACCAUAGCGAUGGAAUUUCCUAAACAAACAGAAAUGGUAGAUAUGGGUCUGAAUGGAAAAAGGGGUUUAGGAACAGAAACCCCAGAACCCAGUUUUGGCGGAAAUGACAAUCAAGAACUGGAGGAGUUCUUGCCGCACGCCCCGGGGAAAGAGAAGCCUCGAUUCACCGACUUCGAGGGAACAACAUCCUUUGGAAUGUCAGUGUUUAACCUCAGCAAUGCAAUCAUGGGCAGCGGCAUCCUGGGACUGGCAUAUGCUAUGGCCAAUACUGGGGUUGUCCUUUUCCUUUUCCUCCUGACUGCUGUGGCACUGCUGUCCAGCUACUCCAUCCACCUACUGCUGAAAUCAUCCGGAAUUGUGGGUAUCCGUGCCUAUGAGCAGCUGGGGCAUAAGGCGUUUGGGACUCCAGGAAAGAUGGCUGCUGGUAUUGCUAUAACACUGCAGAAUAUUGGAGCCAUGUCUAGUUAUCUGUACAUUGUGAAGUCAGAGCUUCCUCUUGUCAUCCAGACAUUCCUCAAUCUCUCCGAGAAAACCUUAGACUGGUACAUGAAUGGCAACUAUUUGGUAGUCAUGGUCUCCAUCGCCGUCAUCCUACCCCUGGCAUUAAUGAAACAGCUGGGGUACCUCGGAUAUGCCAGCGGCUUUUCUCUCAGCUGUAUGGUUUUCUUUCUGUGCUCGGUUAUCUAUAAGAGGUUUCAGAUUCCCUGCCCUCUCGAUUGGGCUAAUGCCAAUGGCACAGUGUUGGGAAACAUGAGCCUGGCGGCAGUAGGCCAUGCAUAUCAGAAUGGCCACAUUGAAAUCACAGAAGCUGAGCCAGGUGAAUGCGAACCCAAGAUGUUCACAUUAAACUCACAGACGGCAUAUACAAUCCCCAUUAUGGCCUUUGCCUUUGUGUGCCACCCAGAGGUUCUGCCCAUAUAUACUGAGCUGAAAGACCCCUCCAAGAAGAAGAUGCAGCGUAUAUCUAAUAUCUCCAUUGCUGUCAUGUACUGCAUGUAUUUCCUCGCUGCUCUCUUUGGAUACCUCACCUUCUAUGAUCAUGUGGAAUCAGAGCUCCUGCACACAUACAGCUAUGUAGAUCCCUUCGAUGUCCUGAUUCUGUGUGUGAGAGUGGCAGUACUCAUAGCCGUCACGCUCACUGUGCCCAUAGUGUUGUUCCCGGUGAGACGCGCCAUUCAGCACAUGCUGUUCCAGAACAAGGAGUUUAGUUGGAUCAGACACACCAUCAUUGCAGUGGUGCUGCUUACCAUGAUUAAUCUUCUGGUUAUUUUUGCACCAACUAUACUUGGAAUCUUUGGCAUAAUUGGUGCUACAUCUGCUCCGUGCCUCAUUUUCAUUUUCCCAGCCAUCUUCUAUAUUCGAAUUGUGCCGAAAGACAGGGAACCUACAAAAUCCACACCCAAAAUAUUGGCUGCGUGCUUUGCCGUCCUGGGGAUCCUGUUUAUGAUCAUGAGCCUGAGCUUUAUCAUCAUCGACUGGGCAACUGGAAGCAGUAAAAGCAGCGGAGGCCACUAACCCUUGAAACAUCACUGCAUACUCCCCCCAUUCCUUCCCCAACAUGGGACUUCACCAUUCAUGGUGAUUUCACUACUGGCACAUCAUAGUCAUGGUUGCCAUGUGAGCAUAGACUUUUUAAUGGAAGGACCUGUUGUGGUGGCAUUAAAGUGUCUGCUAUUAACUGUAGAUGGCAAAACAGAAGCUACGUAUCCCUGUACUAAUAAGAGAGGGACUUGCUUUCUUCAUGUGUCAUCCUGUAGCAUUAGGAGACAUACCCAAGAGUAGCAGGCACCUCCAUCUGUAUCUUUAGAACUGAACAAGCCUAUACCACAUUUCAUCUGGACAUUUGAAAGAUGCAGGAUAGACGGGAUAUCAAUCUGUGUCUUGUGUGUUUUAACAUACGUUGGAUUAAUAUGGUACUUGGAGUUCAAGAACCGAGCACUUUAUUGCCCUGCUGUUAAAAAGAAGCUACAGUACGAGCCAGUAUCAGGAUCUGUGUGCAGUCUUGCAAUACAAUCUCAGUCUUCACAAUCACAGAGUGUGGCAUGUAAAUAGAAUUUUGGAACUGAAUCCCUAUACAGGAUUUUUUUUUUGUCAAAUAUAGCUGGACAAUGUAAGUGUCAUAAUGGCCCCAAAAUCUGCAUACGUUUUGGAUAUAAGAAAUGUUAAAGGAACAGGAUGAUUGUACAGUAGAAAGGGUAGCAUGUUUGGUGGGAUGGAGCAGCAGAGGGAGCAACAGAUUUGGUGUAGAAGAGAAGUGUGGGAGGACAGAGUCAUAGAGACAUGGUAGAUAUCCUAGUGGGAGGAAUAAGUUACAUAUAGUCAUAAGCAAGUCCAGGGGUGUAAUAAUGGUGGCGGCAGACCCAGUUAGGUAAAGGGAUCAGUAGGAAUUCUGAAUGAUAGUCAUGCCUAGGUUUGGAGGCUAGACAACAUUUUUGCUGCAGGGCUAGUGAGGCAUAACAUAUAGCUAGCGUUUGUGGAUUCUCUGUAUCAUUCGUGAAAUCUAAAGGAUUGCUCUCCAUGGGAUGGUAAAUGGACAAAGUCACACUGCAUGUUCAUUGUAUUAUGUAACUCUCAAUGUUUCAUUAUGCUGAAUUGAAUAAUGAAGAGCUCUGCCCAAUACCAGCCCCUUGUGUUGUCCCCUUAUGGACGGCUCAAACUUGCACAAAUCACAACAUUUGCCAAACUGGUGCUGGGGAGCCAUAAAAAAGCCCCGGGUUGGUGUUACAGACAGAACAAAACCUCUAACUAUCAAUCAAGUCACGUCUAGAGUGAAAGCCACCUAAAGAGCUUUGUCACACUCUGCACCCCUCUAAGCUCGGCUCUGUCUCGCUGGGACACUCUCACACCUCUCAACUGGAAUUCAGCUCUACACUUGGACUCUAUUUCCUAACUAAUUAAUAUUCUGCACAAUAUAUGCCUAAGUGUAAAGGGAGAAGAAGCAGGAGACUGUGUGACAGCAGGAGAAAAGAGCUUGGUGAAGCCAGAGGGCAACAAAAAGGCAAAAUCUUGUAAACAUCCCGUCACUGGCUCAUUGCCCUUUGCUAGAGAGGAUCAAGGGGCACCAGAAGAACUAAAGGAAUCAUUGGCCCCAACAAAAGAUCCUGUAAAUGAUAAACACGAAAGAACAUGGCUGUACACAAACAAAAGCCUUGGAUGGGCAGAGAGAGGGACUCACUUCAUAAAUCUCUGCAGCUCCUUAAUUAAACCUGCCCAUCUGAGAUCAGGGAGGCUGUAAACAUAUUGAUUUUCUGUUGCAUCGGCGACAUUGGACACCCUUAAUCUCAACUUAAAUCAAACAGCCUGUUAGAUAAAUAUAUAUAUAUAUAGGGCAGUCACAGGGCUGGGAAAGGAAGGAAGUCUAAAGGGAAUAUAAGCAAAGCCUGUCUGUCUUUCUUUCUUUUAUUUCCUUAAAUAGACAAUAAGGAACGAGGGAAUAUUCUAUUAUAACAUCUCAUCUCUGCAUAUUUGCUGUCGCCAGGGCCAUAUUGGCUUAGGGAAUACUAAACAGGCAGCAAUAGAACAGCGCCACCACCUGAUCAUAAACAAACAAUGCUGCUUCCAUGUUGUUCUCACAUAAACACAAAUGACUGCAUAUAGUAAAUGAAUAUUCUGUGAGCAUUAAACUAUGCCUUUAUAUAUUACAACCUAUUUAAGGAAAAAAAAUACAUGAAAACAUUGCUUUUUUUUCCCCACUCACUUAACUGCUCAACAACCUGUAGCUGAUGAUCUCCUUGUGAACCAGAUGUGUUUAAAUCACUAAAUUAUUGUCAUAUUUGUACUUUUGUAACCGUAAAUAGAAAGUUGUAAUUCGCAGCCCUGUUCCAUGCGGAAAUGUGGAAGUGGGCCGUUAUGUGUUAGGUAGAUUUGUAGAACAUAAUCCGUUUUUAAAUUAUCUUAAAAUAGUUGUUGUUUUUUUCUUUUUGGGAAACAUGAACUGUUUGAUGAAAUUAAUCUUUGUAAGAGGUAAUUAAAAGAAAAAUCACCAAA